GUUACAUCUAAGGUCACUUUCCUCUCCAAGGUUUCAGUCAUCUCCCUCUGUCCUCUAUUAUCCAGUCGCGUACAAAAUUCUAACCCUCGAAACUCCUCUUCAACUACAAUAUAAACUCUACCAUUCGACACAAUGCCGAUCAAGACGUGGCUCACCGAGACGCUCGGGAUACGCGUCCCUAUGGUACAAGGAGGCAUGAUGUGGGUAGGAAAAGCAGAGAUGGUCAGCGCAGUCGCAAACGCAGGCGCUCUUGGUUUCCUCACAGCCCUUACACAACCCACGCCUGAAGCGCUGCGCGCAGAAAUUCGCAGAACGAAGUCCAUGUUGAAGCCGACCGCUGUCCAGUUCGGUGUCAAUAUCACCCUGCUCCCCUCGAUGAAUGCACCGGACUACCCUGCAUACGCAAAGGUUGCUGUCGAGGAGGGGAUCAAAGUCGUCGAGACCGCGGGCGACCCAACACCGAUAUUGAAGUACCUCAAAGACAACGGCGUGACUGUUUUCCACAAAUGCGUUGCGCUGAAGCACGCGCUGCGCGCAGAAAAGCUGGGUGUGGACUGCAUUUCCAUUGACGGAAUUGAGUGCGCUGGCCACGGAGGCGAGUACGACACGACAUCGCUCAUGCUCCUCUCGCUGUGCAAGGAGCAGCUCAAGAUCCCCUACCUUGCGUCCGGCGGUUUCGCGAACGGGCGUCAAUUAGCCGCCGCAUUGGCUCUCGGUGCAGCAGGUGUGAACAUGGGCACACGGUGGAUGUGUACAGCUGAGUCACCGAUCCAUGCCAACGUCAAGGAGGCGAUCGUCAAGGCCACAGAGCACGACACUGUCUUGGUUCUUCGCAAAUUCAGGAACACGUCGAGACUGCACAAGAACAAGGUUUCAGUCGAGGUACACAAGAUCGAGAACGAGAAGAAGGAUGUCGAAUUCAAGGACGUUGCACAUCUGAUGAGCGGAAAGCGUGGACAGGGUGUGUACGAGACGGGCGAUGUUGAUGCGGGAGUGUGGUCGUUGGGGAUGUGCGCAGGUCUUAUUCACGACAUUCCCACAUGCGAGGAGCUGGUGAAGACGAUGGAGCGGGACGCCACUGAUGUGAUGACACAGUCACACGCCUUGAUUGUGAAGAGCGCAAAGCUCUAGAUAUAGAGCAAGUCACUCAGGAUUAAAGAGAGUUAGGCGCCAGGCUCUCGAUUCCCGGGAACAUGGGAGCUAGUCAGCAUUUUUCUGCGAGCACUUUGUAGCAUGAUAGACCUUCUGCAGGCUACAAUAUUUCUUCGUCGAACAGGCAUGAUGAAUGUUUUUUGCACAUUCUAGCGAUCAACAAACUCUUGAGCUGGCCUGGUACCACUCCUGCUCCAGAUGCCCUCGAACUCUUUCAGAUCUGGAUGAUCGCCAUAGCGCCCCACAUUCUCCACAGCCCAUAUAUCAUCGACGAAGCAGACUUU